ACGUCAUACAGGCGUGGCGGCAAAGAGGAAGGCAGUAAAGUGAAGGCCCACCAUUUUAACAGAAGUCAUAAGAUUUUAUUUUUUUUACUUUCGUCUGACCCGGUGUGAAUUCAUAGCAUUAAAGAUGGGGAAUCGGGUCGCCCGUGAUGACUACGAAUGGGUUUAUACUGACCAGCCACACGCUGACAGAAGGAAAGAGAUCCUCGCUAAAUAUCCACAAAUCAAGUCACUGAUGGGUCCUGACCUGAGGCUCAAAUGGAUCGUGUGCAUGAUGGUGGCUAUACAAUUUUUAGCUUUCUACCUGAUCAAAGAUUUGGAUUGGAAAUGGGUUUUGUUUUGGACCUAUGCCUUUGGGAGCUGUAUCAACCACUCAAUGACCCUUGCUAUUCACGAGAUCUCCCACAACACCGCCUUCGGAAACAACAAAGCUUUGUGGAACCGAUACUUUGCCAUGUUUGCCAACCUCCCGAUCGGCCUGCCCUACUCUGCCUCAUUCAAACGCUACCACUUGGACCAUCACCGCUACCUUGGAGGAGACGGUGUGGAUGUAGACAUCCCCACUGCCUUUGAAGGCUGGUUCUUCUGCACCCGCUUUCGCAAGUUCAUUUGGAUUAUUCUGCAGCCUCUGUUCUACGCCAUUCGACCUCUUUGCAUCAACCCCAAGCCCAUCAGUCAGUUGGAACUGACCAAUGUUGUUCUUCAGCUCGCCUUUGACAUUCUGCUCUACUGGGUGUGGGGGGUCAAGCCUGUGGUGUACAUGCUGGCGGGGUCCAUGCUGGGGAUGGGUCUCCACCCAAUCUCCGGGCACUUCAUAGCCGAGCACUACAUGUUCCUCAAGGGGCAUGAAACCUACUCCUACUACGGCUCCCUCAAUCUGCUCACCUUCAAUGUAGGCUAUCACAACGAACACCACGACUUCCCCAGCAUUCCUGGACGUAGGCUACCAAUGGUGAAACAAAUAGCAGCAGAGUAUUACGAUGAUCUUCCUCAAUACACGUCGUGGGUGAAGGUCCUGUACGACUUCAUCAUGGACGACACACUCAGCCCAUUCUCUCGAGUCAAGAGGAAGGUGAAAGGAGACGUCAAACUGGAGUAAUCUCAGAGUGAUUUUUUUUUUUUUUUUUGGAACAAAACUAACACUUGGAAUAAGUUUGGAGAGUGUUGAGUAUUUGAGUUUGGGUAUGAAGCACGCUGCUCAUAUUCUACUGUACAAUGAAUUUAUAGACUUGUAUGGAACAUUGUUACGCUUUAUGGGCUAUGCCUGAUAGGUGUUUAGGUCAAACUCAUUCAUUUGUGCACAAAUAACACACCCCAGUUUUGGUUGUGUGGCCGUGAAAAAACAUUUUUGCAAUUUAGACUUUUUAAUGAAAAACCUCUACUUUAUACUCAAUUGUGACACUUUAACAAUAACUAAAGAUUUAACCUAUUGUGACGAUUCAACUUGUAAUUGGCAUUAGAAUCACAGGAUGUGAUGUCCUCAAGAGGGAACGGCAACAGCGCAAUGCCGUCCAGACACAUGCUUGUGCCCGGCGGUUCAUCAGGAUCAUUAAAAGUCCGAAAGACCAUGGCAACUUAAUCCAGUAGAUCCCUGCCGCUCAAAUGGGGAGAAUCCGCAAGUAAUUCAGACGCCCAUAAAAAUGUCUGCUUUUGACACGCGGCUCACUCCUAAAGGGGUCCUCCUCUCUUUAAUUGCCAUUGUUCACUCACAACAGAAUCCAGGUUUAAUCCGGAAAUAUACACAUUUAAAGUACAAAAUGUAUAGCUACUCACCAGUAAUGAAUGAUCAGCAUCCAGGAACAGAUGGAAUGGGAGUCAUGGUGUAGAAGUCACUUUAGCAUCUCAAAUGUGACAUCACAACGCUUGAGGAAGACAACUGAAGCUUAAAGACAUCAACAUGUAGGGCUUUUUUUUUUUUUUUUUAAACAGCAGUGUAUUUAAUUUACCUGCAUCAUGACCUGUUUAUAAUUUAUUACUUUGUGCUGCAACUAAUUAAUCUGAAGCUUCUUCAGAUUAAUCGUUUACCAAAUCACUAUGAACCAAGUUACUGUUUUCCAAAGUCAAGGCUGAUGUGUGCGAAUAACUUGUUUUGGCUAAACCACAAAGAUAUUAGGUCUGCUUUCUCGGAUGACUAAGGAAAUGUCAAAAAUAUUUACAUCCGAGAGGCUGAAAUCAGGGGAUAGUCACGUUUAAAUAAAAAAACGAUUAAUCGAAUACCAAAGUAGUGGAUGAGUCAUCAAUUAAUUGUUGCAAAUCUCGUUAUUACCAACUUAGAGUGAAUGAGAUUUUUUUUUAAAUCUAAAAAAUAAAUAUUUUUGACCAAAAAUGUGCAAAUUUGCGGGGUGGUGAAUGCUGAAGUGCGAAUAUGCGGGAUCCACUGUUGUCAAUUUCAGUCCCUUUUGAAAAACCUAAUCUGGACAUGUAUUCUCUACUCUUCAACCCAGAUGAUAAUCAUGGAAAGUCUUGGAAAUUUCCACCAGAGGAUGAAUUCAUGUGAGCAGAAAGAAAGGUGUUGGUUGUUGGAUGCUCACAUUUAUGUGCCUUGUUCUCGUUCUAAAACACCUUUUGCCUUUUCAAGUCUUUGCAUCCCACAUUUCACAAGCUGUUGUGACAUGUGAGCUCCUGGAAUUCCUGCGCAGUUCAGAGGUGAUUUGUGGUCAUUGAAAUGGACUAAAUGCUUUGAUCAAAAAAUGUAUGUUCAUACUCUUAAUAAAUAAUGUCUUCACUGACGAAAACUGAAUAAAAUGAUCAAUUACAACUCAUGAAA